AUACAUUCGACGAGCAGAAGUGACUCCUGAACUUGGGGAAAUAAGUGAGGUUAGGUCAACGACGAAUAUAACCAAAACAAAUGUGACCCCCAUAGUUUUAACUUAAUAAAACAGCGAUUUUAUUAGACUUUAGUGCACCAACAUGUUCUCCACAACGAAAUCUCUACCGAGAAUCUUCAAAUACUUAAAAUCUGGCAGAAAUUCGGUCCUAACACCAAUGAAAACGAUACAAAAGGUCCCAAACUGUUGCCCCCUUUCUACAGCCACUUUUACCUCAAAUUUAACGUUAAAACAUGGAAGCUAUUUUUUAAUAUCCUCAAGGAGCUAUGCCAAAGGCAAGGACAAAAAGAAGGACAAAGGCAAAGGUAAAGCGGCCAAGGUGGAAAUCAACGAGGCCGAACUAUCCGGGAUAAUCAACCUGGAAAACCUGAAAAAUCACAUGCAAAAAGCGAUCCAGCACAUGGAAGAGGAUUUCGUGAAAAAUUUAUCCUUGAGGUCCACCACGAGCUCUAUAGAGUCGAUCGUGGUCCAGGUGGACGGGACGGAUCAUAAACUGCAAGAACUCGCCCAAAUAAUCCGGAAAAACCCGAAAACGAUCGUCGUCAAUUUCACCAAUUUCCCGCAAGUUAUCCCGGCCGCCCUAAAAGCUCUCGCAAAAUCCGGGAUGAAUUUGAACCCGCAACAGGACGGCACCACCUUGUUUAUCCCGAUUCCUAAGGUCACCAAAGAGCAUCGGGAACAACUGUCGAAAAAUGCCAAACAGUUGUUUGUUAAAUGCAAAGAUUCCGUGCGGGAUGUACAGGUGAAGCAUAUAAAGCAAAUCAAGAGGCAAGAGAAACUCUCGGAGGAUUUAGCGAGGAGUGCGGAGCAGCAAAUAAUCGCGAUUGCCGAUCAGUUUAUUAGUGAGGCCGAAGGCAUUUUGAACAGUAAACAGAGUGAGCUGCUUGGAGAGAAGUAGUGAGAGUGGUGCCGUAGGUUUAAGUUGAAAAUUGUAAUGAUGGAAUAAAUGAUUGUUAGGAA